UAAAUGUUCUUUAACUACAAUAGCAAAUGCUAAUUCUUGUUUUUGUUUUUCCAACUAUUGAUAUGCAAAUGCAAGGUUGCAUAUGGACUCUAAGUGGUUUAAGGGGGUUGCGCCGCCGUGUGAACUGCCCCUAUUUUUCUCAGGUCUGCACUGACGUCUCUGCUGACAGAUGGCGGAUUCAAUUUGUAGAACACUGAGGGAUGGAGCAUUAGAGGGAGAGCUUGCGCCUACUCUCACAAUCAAGGACUCUCUCGCUUCGCCUUUCGGUUUCCAUCUAUUCUCUCACAUUCUUCUUCAACUCUCAUCACACGUCAUGGCGCAGAAAUCUCAGUCACAGGCUAUAGUAAUUGUUGCACUUUCUCGGAGUCCAUCGUCUUAUACUGCUUUGUUAAAUAUGAAUGGAGUGGAUAUUGCUUCAUCUAACAAGUGGAUUCACAUUUUGGAUUGUUAUACAGAUCCUCUUGGUUGGAAAGAUAAGACAAGGAAAUCUGUAAAUGUUACGGAUCCUUCUCACCAAAUUUCGCUUGCUACUAGUUCUUAUAAAACCGUGAAGGAUGUGGAUAAGUUAUUUUCAGUAAUCACUGAACUGGGCAGAGGAUUGGUUAGAGAAAAUAAAGCUCGCUUCUGUGUUGCCAUAGACUCACUAAGUGAACUGUUGAGGCAUGCAUCUUUGCAGUCAGUGGCCAGCCUUGUAAGCAAUCUGCGUAGCCAUGAUCAAGUUUCAAGUAUUUUUGGAUUAUUGCAUUCUGACCUUCAUGAGGAGAGGGCUGCAGCUGUUCUUGAGUACAUGUCCUCCAUGGUGGGCAGUGUAGACCCAUAUCAUCAUUCAGCAGAUGGUCAGAGAGGAUAUUUAGAGAAUUCCUUACCUGAGCAAAACUUCACCAAGGGAAAAUUUAAUGUCAGGUUCAAACGUAGAAAUGGGCGAGUUAGAGCAAUGUGUGAAGAAUUUAAAGUUGAACCUGGAGGAAUCAGCUUCACAUCUGUUUCAUCAGGGGACGGAACAGCCAUUGCAGGCCUACUGCCAAAGGUACAAUUCAAUCUCCAGCUAUCAGAGAAGGAGAGAAUUGACAGGUCAAAUGUUGUGCUUCCUUUUGAACACCAAGGAAAUGGUAAACCAAUACAAAUUUAUGAUGGUAGAAGAUCCCUUGAAGAGAGCAACAGUGAGGCAAAUCCCAUUUCAAGUGUUAAAAAGGAGGAUUCUGCCAUGGGUGAGAUUAUAUAUUUUCGUGAUUCAGAUGAUGAGAUGCCAGACUCUGAUGAGGACCCAGAUGAUGAUUUAGAUAUAUAAAUAUACUCUUGGUAAUAUCUGUAUCCCUAGAUGAGUUGAAAGAUAGAUUAAAUUUAUGACUGAACAAAAUGAAAAAAAAAAAAAAAGAUACUGUUUAAUUACA